AUGGAAGUUCUAGAACUCACAUUUAGUUAUAUCCCUACUAAGAGUUUGUUACAUUAUGGAGGUAUAGAAAUCAUUUCAGAUUUGGCUUCUAAAACAUUAAUGGAACGAAACGUAGAGGUUAUUAUUACAUGGCCAACAAGUAUUCAAAUACACAAUGAUUGGGACACUGAAGCAGGUGGUGAUGAAAUAAUGUUGAAACCGAGAACUCUUCAUCUCCGUGAAGAUCGCAAUUCCUUAAAAUUUACAACAGAAUUUUUUGAAGAAUGCAUUGAGAUCAUGAACGGUUUUCCAAAUUGGAAACCGAAUUUGACUGUACAUGGAUCUGAUUAUCUAAUGCUUCCAACAUCGUUAGAACGACUUUCUGUUGGAUUUUCGAGCCCACAAGCCAUUCAUCGAAACAGAAUUCUAACCAGAUUUAAUGUUUCUAAACUUGAAAACUUAACUAAUUUGAAACUACUGGACUUCUGCCUGCCCACAUUAAAUGCUUUGAAGGCUCCAAAACAAAUCAAAGUAUUGGAAAUCGAAUCCCGGGAGUUAGUUUCAUUGGAUGGUAUUCAAGAAUACAAGCAACUUAAAGACCUAAAGCUAACAGUCUUUCAUGUAGAUGCUGAACAAAUCUUGAAUUGUCCAUUGCCCAAUUCCAUAACAAGCCUAUGUUUUGAAUGGUUCUAUCGAUCAUUCGAACCAUUCAAAAUUGCAACCGCCAUCAGAAGACUUGAGACAGGACAAGGGAUUAAGCCCAUCCGAUUACCUCCAAACUUACGAGUACUUCAUGUUCAUAGUGCCCAACUUUGUCCUCAAAACUGGAUUUUUCCUACUUCAUUACGAGUUCUUAUAUUAAACGUUCCCAUAAUACCUCCACAUCUUCAACUUCCUCCAAAUUUGAUACUUCUUGAUAUACAUGGAUACCUGACAACUAGUCUCCCCGAUCCGUUACCCAAACCGCUUGUGAGAAUCCGUACCUCGUUGCUACCCGCAAAUAAUGAUUCGCUACUGAAGUUAGCUAAUUUGACUCAUGUUGACUUUGAUUUCGAAAAGCAACCAAUAGCUUCAUUUGACUGGAAGUUACCGAAAAACUUGAGAAGAUUGAUUUUAAAAUAUGAUCGGCUAAGAUCUUUGAAAACAGAUGUACCAAAUCUAAGAGUAGUUGAUUUGACCUUAAAUUCUUUGUCAAUGUUUGAAGAGCUUCAAUUGCCUGACUCCGUUUUGAAAUUGAAAUUAAUUUUUUGUUGGAGAACUAGGAAUCGAUAUUCGUUAGAAUUUCUGAUUACAGAUCGUCAUAAGUUUCCAAAGAAUUUACGACAUCUUGAACUUCCGGAUGGAAUUGUGGAUACACUAACAUUAAUCAAUUUGAAUUUGAAAACCUUCCAUGAUUUACAAUUUAUUAACCUAUCCGGGAACAAAAUCACGGAAAUUAAUUGUGGCACAUUUCCAAGUUCCACCAAGACGCUAAUUCUUCUGGCUAAUGAGUUGAAAAGGGUUCACGCCAAUGUAUUCAAGGAGCUACCAAACUUAAAAUGUCUUGAGUUGGAGCAGAAUAAAUUAGGUAAAAACUCUCAAUUCCGCCAACGAAUUGAGUUUCCUGACUCUUUGGAAUCCUUAGAUUUAUCACAAAAUUAUUUGAGAAAUUUUGAUGAUUUAAUAUUUCCUCCAAAUCCAAGACUUAAAUGGAUACAAUUGUCCCACAACCAAUUUCAAACAAAUGAAGAAGAAAUUCGAAACACAUUGAAACAAAAAUUAAAGGGUGCUGUUAUAUAUGUUGACUCUCACGGUCCACCUACCCCUGCCAGUGGCCUUGGGGCUACUGUGGCUGACAUCUACGCCAUUAAAACCCCUCGUUCGCCAUUCAAAUCGCCCAGUAUCUUAGAAGAUCACUAA